CUCAUGAAACACAUAUACCGGUAAUCAAUUGCUGUUCUUAAAUAUAUUACUGAAAAUGAAAUAUGUAUCUUUUCCCCCCAACUUUAUUUUAGCUCCUGUUGCGACAGCCCCUGAGCUUACCCCCCCGGACAACCUGACCAUCUCCUGUAGGAAUGGAACCAACGUGGCGUACUGGAACUACACUGAUCCUCCUGGUGCCGGCUCCUUUCUGGUGAAGAUAUUCAGUUACACUGAAGGUGAGAUACCAGUAUUCUUCAACGAAACGAAAGAGCACCAUAUCGACAUUUCCCCUGUUGUCCAUGAUCUUAAGGAAGUGUACACGUUAUCCCUUGUUGCAAACAACGGGACCGCCAAGUCAUCUGAAACAAAAACUUCAUUCAGCUAUUCCAGCGAUUAUGAUCACGUUUUACGUUGUUACAUGGACUUCCCGACUCCAACUCUUCAGGCUGAAGAAAACAGGAUAACAUUUAAGUUUGCUAAUCCUUGUUUUUAUGGAUAUGAAUUCGAACAUGGAACUGAUGAUGGGACUCACAAGUGCCCUGAUGACGAUUUUCCCUUUACAUAUAGCAUCUACACUUCUCAUGAUGAGAAGGAGUCACAAUUUGAGUGCUCUAAAGAGCUGUGUGAAGGCGAGAUACCAGUAAACCUUGACAACUGCACCUCUCUGGAGCUGAGAGGAGACAUCGACACCAUUGGCUACAGGACAUCUAAAGACUUCUGUAACCCGACUCCUCAAAAGGGUGAAGACUUAAUGUUCUGGCCUCACAGAUCCUUAUCUGCUCGCCAGGCAGGUGCCUGGCCCAUUUUGCUAAUCGUGGUGAUCUGUGUGACUGUCAUUGCUGGACUUGUCGGCUUACUCCUGGGAAUGCGGAAACUGGCCAAAGAUAUGAUUAAGUCCUACGGCUUGCCUAGCACUCUGCAUAGCAGACCAGCCUCAGCUCCCCAGCGCCUUCUCCAUCCAGAGCCUACCCAGGGAGGACACACCCCUUUGCUUCUCUCACCCAAGGACUCCCCUACAGACACCCCGAUAACCAUCGUGCCUCCUGAAGGCAGCCGAGAGCAGACUCACUUCCCCAUCACGUCUCCUGAAGGCAGCCCAGAGCAGACUCACUUCUCCAUCCGUGGCACCCAGCCCCCCAGCGGCGAUCACCAUGAUGAUGACGGUGACAAAAACAACCUCACCAGCCUGGAGCAGCCUGGAAGUGGCUACGAGGCCCGUCUAGGGGGAGUGGCUGACUCCGACCCGGAACCCGAGGAGGUCAUGUGUGAACGAAAAGAAGACGCCGGCGAUGACGAUGACGGCUACAUGCAGAGAGAGCGGUUUGGUGACGACUCCGAUGGCAGGAGGAGGUCUCUUGUUAUUGAGAUGGCACCAGGGGAUUGCGUGAGUGGUUACGAGCCCACCCUGUCCCAGGAAGCUCUGGGGUAGAACUGCACCAAACAUCUUCUAGUAGAGUAAGAUACUUCAAGCGUGUGCAUUUCCUGGGUCCAUGAUGUCAGGUGAAUGCCCCUUUAACCCAUGACUAAACCGUAAUGACUAAACCGUAAUGUAUUACUAAAGGCCCCGUGCACUGUCAUAGUAGUGUAGUACUAUAGUAGUUAACUUUCAAUGUCUAUUACAGCGUGCCACAGGAGGUACGGCGUGCUACGAGACCCUUGGUUAGGACACCUUUGGAGACUUUAGGUUGAGAAUGAGUGGAGUUCCCUUGCCGCUGUAGAUGGCGGUAGUGCACAUCUUAGCAAGCCGUCACCAAAUGCCACAGGAAGAGAGGAAGAAGGAGGGGAUAAUGCCCCCUUAGGAGACCGAGCUUCAGCUCACUCCUUUGCAUUGGGUGGGCGGAGUUUGAAUCCUCUUACUCUACUAGAAGAUCUUUGACUGCACUGCGCUCUACCGGAGACUGUCUGUAUUAGGAGACGGAAAACUUCAGAUGAAUGAACGAGUGCAAUUCGUUACGCUAAUAUGGUGCGUGCUUGCACAUAUCCCACCUCUCCGGCAACAAGAGCCAAUUGCUUGCUGAGCUGCGCUGUCAUUUAUCCAACCACCUUGCUCCCUCGACGCGUAACCUUUCACAACUGCUCAAACCCAAUCGGUAGCCUAUGCCCUCAGAAUUUGCUUCCGCCGGUCGGUUGCUGAUGACAUGUGCGGCUUCCAUCGGGUAGCUACUCGCGUGGGGUUGCAACAGAGUCUGCGGCCACUUGAUCCCACAGACCGUGAAGCAGAACGUACGUACGUCGUGAAAUUUCGUGCAUGUGUAAUCUGAAAUUGCGCCCCUGAGGCGUAGCCAAGAUGGCUGCCGAUAGAAAUGACUUCAUUUAAUUGACUUUGGCUCUACCUCCUGGGGGCAGAAGCCUAAUGCCACUCUGGCCAGA